UCCUGGGUCCUGGGUGCGGGGUCCUUCUGAAAAUAACAAAUAAUUACUCAAAAUAGUAGACACCGAAGAAGCUUUCGCCAGCGACUGCGCAGCCGGCGUAGCAGUCGCAGUCGCGGUCGACGGCGAGUCGGAACUGAACAGAACUGAAAGAGAAUUGAAUCGGUUUCGCAAUACAUACACAAACAAUAGGCGCUGGGAAGUAGACGACGGCGAAUCCUUGGCGGCUCAGCAUUUCCACCGAAUUCGCGUCGAGGAAAAGCGGAAAAUCGGAAAAGCGGAGCGGAGUCAGCAGUCAGCGGCCAUUUCGUAUUGAUUUUCAAGUGUGAGCGGCGCCGUUAACAUGGACAAGAUGACGGUGGCCCAAAAGAACGCAUAUCUCGAGGCCCAUAUGGCCGUGCAGCAGCAGAUGGCCCAGGCGGCCAUUCAGUUCAAGCAGCAACAGUCCUCCCAGCAACAGGGCUCCCCCACCACGGCCAACAACAACAAUAACCAGCAGAAUAACGGCAACAUGCAGCAGCAGCAACAGCAGCAGCAACAACAGCAGCAGCAGCAACAGCAACAGCAGCAGCAGCAACACUACGCGGCCACAAUCAAGGUGCCGCAGAUCAGUUCCUCGAGCGCAGCGGCAGCGGCGGCCGGUGAGAGCACCUUCACCGUUCCCGACGAUGGCAUGGGAUUCGAGGGCGGCGUCCGGGUGCUGCAGAGCCUCGGAACCUGGUCGGCGGCCGAGCAGCUCACCUACAAUAUACCCAAGCCGAACCUCAUUCCCUUCACAGAGCCGUACGUUGAGGGAGGCUCAAUGCACCCGGCCAGCCGGCUGAAGGCGCUGCAACAGGUGCAGCAGGCCUCCUCGGGGGUGCGCAAAACCAAUCCCUCGAAGUCCACCAACAAGGCUUUUGAGUGCACGGUGUGCGGAAAAGGACUCGCCCGCAAGGACAAGCUGACCAUCCACAUGCGCAUCCACACCGGCGAGAAGCCCUAUAUUUGUGAAGUGUGCAAUAAGGCUUUCGCCCGCAGGGACAAGCUGGUGAUCCACAUGAAUAAGUUCAAGCACGUGACACCCACGAAUAUUGCUCCGCUGGGCAAGCGGCUGAACAACAUGGUGAAGAAGAAGGAGCAACCGGAUCCGCCGCCGGAGGACAACAAACAGAGCCUGGAGCUGCAGCUUCAGCAGCAGGCCGUGCAGGUGGCCGCCCAGAACAUUAUUGUGCAGUCUGCCCAAGGGGCGCCGGCGGCAAUUCCCGGGAUUAUCAUCCCGCACCACCAGCAACAGCUCUCCUGGACCUGCGAGCUGUGCGGAAGGAUGUUCUCGAGUCGGGACGAGUGGUCCAUCCAUGCAAAGAGUCAUCUGGAGCCGGAACGGUUAGUCGUAGAGUCAACAAAACCAGCAGCAGUGGCGGCGGCGGCGGCGGCAGGAGUCAUUGCUAAGGCCGGCAACAGUAAUCGCAGCUACCAGAUGGAUGCCAACCAGAACCAGAUACAAAUGGAGGCCCAAGCACGCAAGCAGAAGAUAAUCAUACAAAAUCAAAUGAUACUCAAUGCCAGCCAUCAGCAACAACAGCAGCAGCAACAGCAGCAGCAGCAGCAACAACAGCAGCAACAGCAGCAGCAGCAGCAACAACAGCAACAGCAGCAACACGUGGCCCACGGCAAGAAGGCAGCCAGAAAGCACCUGCAACAUCUACAGCAACAGCAGCAACAGCAACAGACCAGUGCGCCUAUGUACAAUAACAAUAGUAGUAGCAACCACACCAACAACCACAGCAGCCAGCAACCGGGCCAAGAAGUGGCGGUUCCGGUGUCGCACAUCAUCGCCAACUCCCCUACGGCUGCCACCUACAUGCAGGCCCAGCUGAGCGAGCACGCCGGCAACAUGCAACACGCAGGGAUGCCCAUCGUCACGUAUAACGGCAACCAGUACUGUGUGAUCACUCGGGCCCCCGAUCUCGACGUGGAGGGGAUGCAGAAGCCACUGGAGUACGGCCAGGCCGCCAGUGGAGCCACCAACAUUAUAGUGAUGUCGCCCAUGCAACUCCUGCCCCCACAGCAGCAGCAGCAGCAGCAACAACAGCCACAGCAGCAGCAGCAACAGUAAGCCAAGUCAGGGAGAAAGGCUAACUGCUCCCAGCUAUACUAUAAAUACAAAUUGUAAAUAGAGUCUUAAGCAGCCAAGAGCGAACCCAAGUAUAUGUUUAAACGCACUACCCAGUAGUGUUGGUUAGGGAGUGCUCACUGGAUGAGUGAAUCAAUGAACAAGUGAAUAAAAAGUGAAGAAAUUAACAAGUAAACAGCUAAAUGAACAUGGUUCAUUUAACUCACUGAAAUAAGCACCUCCUUGGUUCAUUCACUCCGUGAGCAACGCCCAACCCUACUACCCAGCAAAGGAAUUUGUAAAUGUCAGAUUAUACGCAGUGUCAGUCGAAUCAAAUCUAGUCUAAGCAACCUAACAUAUCCCCUGCAGAUUGUAGUUCCGUGUACUAUCCCCCUACCGUAAGGCAGCCACAACAGCCACACUGAGAUAUAUAGAUAUAUCAUUUCGAUGAAGCUCCAGAUCAGACCCCGCAACUAGUAACCCCCCUACUCAGACCGCGUGUAUAUUGUAUGUGUUGUAUGGCAUUGUUUGUACAUUAAGCUAAUUACGUACUCCAAUUACGUCUUCUACUAAGCUCGGAUCGAGGAGGAGAAGGCGAGAGAAAACGAUAAUGAAAAUGAAAAUAAUAUGAAAAUGAAAACCAAAUAAGUAGCAGUAGUAGUGUCCAUCAGCAAAGCUCCCAACACAUCUCCCCAAUCGAUUCCAAUGGCAAACCAUGUAAAG